AUGUCUUCAGUCACUGGCAAUGAAGCUGCUUGGAUCCCUGCCGAGAAGGCAAAAUGUGAAGUCGGGCCAGGACCCUUGCCCAAACCUGCUGAAAACGAGGUCGUUAUCGAGGUUGCCUAUGCAGCUGUCAAUCCAAUUGAUUACCUGAUGCAAGACACUCCCUAUGUUUCACUGCCGUACCCUUCCAUCUUCGGCUCCGACGUCGCGGGAACAAUCGUGCAGCUCGGUUCGUCAGUGACCCGAUUCAAGGUUGGCCAGCGUGUCAUUGGUGAGUGCGACAACCUUCUUACGCAAAAUCCAAGUCACUCUGGGUUCCAACGCUUCGCGACCUGUGCGGAAAUUAUGGUUGCGGUCAUUCCCCAUUCCCUGCCUCUGGCCAAUGCUGCGGUCCUUCCGCUCUGUUAUUCCACAGCUGGAUGCGCACUUUUCAAACAUCUCAAGCUUCCUCUUCCUUCGCUUGAUCCUAAGCCGGUUGAGAAAACCAUCUUGUUGUGGGGAGGCAGUUCCUCUGUUGGCUGUUCAGCAAUCCAAUUAGCGGUGGCUGCUGGUCUGACGGUGGUCACUACUGCUAGAGCGGAAAACCACGAUCUGGUCAAGAGGCUGGGCGCUAAACACGUAUUUGAUUACAAAAGCCUUACUGUCAUCGAAGACAUUCUCAAGGUCCUCAAGAAGGGCGACCUGGUCAUGGAUUGUAUCUCCGUCCCAACCACCCAGGUAAUAUGCACGGAGAUUGUGCACACACUUGGGGGAGGGAAGCUUCCUGCUUUGCGAUGGCCAGAAGCAAGCAAAUAUGAUGAUGUUGAAAUCAUCUUCGUCAAUGGCGGAGAUCCCGUGCUUGUCGAUCUCGAUAUUGGGGAUGCGCUUUGGCGCAGGUAUCUCCCGGAGGCUCUCGCGACAGGAAAGUUCGUGCCGAAGCCGGACCCAGAAAUUAUCGAAGGAGGAUUGGGAAAGGUUCAGGAGGGCAUCGAUAUUGUUCGAAAGGGAGUUUCGGCAAAAAAAAUUGUCAUCGAGGUUUCUAAGAAGGCAUGA